UUUGUAAGCACACCAGACUGAAUAUAAGGAGUUCGAGAGGGCCCUCAGUGUGUGUGGCUGAAGAACUGUUCCUGCUUGUGGCCUGGAGAAUACAAUAUUCUUUUCAUAUAGAUAAAAGUUUAAGAACUAAACCGCCACCAUGAGUACGGACGCGGAGAUGGCCAUUUAUGGCAAGGCUGCCAUUUACCUCCGUAAACCAGAGAAGGAGAGAAUUGAGGCUCAGAACAAGCCCUUUGAUGCCAAGACUGCCUGCUAUGUGGUUGAUGCCAAGGAGCUGUACCUCAAGGCAACUAUUCUCAAGAAGGAUGCUGGCAAAGUCACCGUCAAGGUCUUGGGCACUGAGGACGAGAGGACAGUUAAAGAAGAUGAGGUCUCUCCCAUGAACCCUCCUAAGUUCGACAAAAUUGAGGACAUGGCCAUGAUGACCCAUCUCAAUGAAGCCUCUGUGCUUUAUAACCUCAAAGAGCGUUAUGCAGCAUGGAUGAUCUACACCUACUCUGGGCUGUUCUGUGCCACUGUCAACCCCUACAAGUGGCUGCCAGUGUACGACCAGGAAGUUGUGACUGCCUACAGAGGCAAGAAGCGUAUGGAGGCUCCACCCCACAUCUUCUCUGUCUCUGACAACGCUUAUCAGUUCAUGCUUACUGACAGGGAGAACCAGUCUGUCUUGAUCACUGGAGAAUCUGGUGCUGGAAAGACUGUGAACACCAAGCGUGUCAUUCAGUACUUUGCAACAAUCUCCGUUGGUGGAGAUAAGAAGAAGGAUGCUGCUCCAGGAAAGAUGCAGGGUUCCCUGGAGGACCAGAUUAUUGCAGCCAACCCUCUGCUGGAGGCCUAUGGUAAUGCCAAGACUGUGAGAAAUGACAACUCCUCUCGUUUUGGUAAAUUCAUCAGAAUUCAUUUCGGCACAACUGGCAAACUGGCUAGUGCUGACAUUGAAACCUAUCUGCUGGAGAAGUCUAGAGUGACAUUCCAGCUUCCCGAUGAGAGAGGCUACCACAUCUUCUACCAGAUGAUGACCAACCACAAGCCUGAGCUCAUUGAAAUGUCUCUCAUCACAACCAACCCAUACGACUUCCCCAUGUGCAGCAUGGGUCAAAUCACUGUUGCUAGCAUUGAUGACAAAGUUGAGCUGGAAGCCACUGAUAAUGCCAUUGACAUCCUGGGCUUCACCAAUGAGGAGAAAAUGAGCAUCUACAAAAUGACUGGUGCUGUCCUCCACCACGGUAACAUGAAGUUCAAGCAGAAGCAGCGUGAGGAGCAGGCUGAGCCAGAUGGCACAGAGGAUGCUGACAAGGUUGCUUACCUGCUGGGUCUGAACUCUGCUGAUAUGCUUAAGGCUUUGUGCUACCCCAGAGUCAAGGUCGGAAAUGAGUACGUCACCAAGGGACAGACUGUGCCUCAGGUGUUGAAUGCUGUCACUGCCCUGGCCAAGUCCAUCUAUGAGAGGAUGUUCUUGUGGAUGGUCAUCCGUAUCAACCAGAUGUUGGACACCAAGCAACAGAGAAACUUCUUCAUUGGUGUCUUGGACAUUGCUGGAUUUGAAAUCUUUGAUUUCAACAGCAUGGAGCAGCUGUGCAUUAACUUCACCAACGAGAAACUGCAACAGUUCUUUAACCACCACAUGUUUGUCCUGGAGCAAGAGGAGUACAAGAAGGAGGGUAUCAUCUGGGAGUUUAUCGACUUUGGUAUGGACUUGGCUGCCUGCAUUGAGCUGAUUGAAAAGCCCAUGGGCAUCUUCGCCAUCCUUGAGGAGGAGUGCAUGUUCCCCAAAGCUUCUGAUACAACCUUCAAGAACAAGCUGUAUGAUCAGCAUCUUGGCAAGAGCAGGGCAUUUGAGAAGCCCAAACCAGCCAAGGGCAAGGCUGAAGCCCACUUCUCCCUGGUGCAUUACGCUGGUACUGUGGACUACAACAUCUCUGGCUGGCUGGACAAGAACAAGGACCCACUGAACGAGUCUGUUGUGCAGCUGUACCAGAAAUCUUCAGUCAAACUUCUGUCUCAUCUCUAUCCUCCCGUUGUUGAGGAGGCCGGUGGCAAGGGAGGAAAGGGAGGCAAGAAGAAGGGUGGUUCUAUGCAGACUGUGUCCUCACAGUUCAGGGAGAACUUGGGCAAGCUGAUGACUAACUUGAGAAGCACUCAUCCUCACUUUGUGCGUUGCCUGAUUCCCAAUGAGUCCAAGACUCCAGGUCUGAUGGAGAACUUCCUGGUCAUCCACCAGCUUAGGUGCAAUGGUGUACUGGAGGGUAUUAGAAUCUGCAGAAAGGGUUUCCCUAGCAGAAUCCUGUAUGGUGACUUCAAACAGAGAUACAAGGUGCUGAACGCCAGUGUUAUCCCCGAGGGUCAAUUCAUUGACAACAAGAAGGCAUCUGAGAAGCUGCUAGGAUCCAUUGACGUUGAUCAUGAUCAGUACAGAUUUGGACACACCAAGGUGUUCUUCAAGGCUGGUCUGCUGGGUACUCUUGAGGAGAUGAGAGAUGAAAAACUUGCAGCUCUGGUUACCAUGACACAGGCUUUGUGCCGUGGAUACCUGAUGAGAAGGGAGUUUGUGAAGAUGACUGAGAGAAGAGAUGCCAUCUAUACCAUCCAGUACAAUGUCCGCUCAUUCAUGAAUGUCAAACACUGGCCAUGGAUGAAGGUGUACUACAAGAUCAAGCCCCUCCUGAAGAGUGCUGAAACUGAGAAGGAGCUUGCCCAGAUGAAGGAGAACUAUGAGAAGAUGACCGCUGACUUGGCUGCUGCUCUGGCCAAGAAGAAGGAGCUUGAGGAGAAGAUGGUAUCUCUUCUGCAGGAGAAGAAUGAUCUGCAGCUCCAAGUGGCCUCUGAAUCUGAAAAUCUGUCAGAUGCUGAGGAGAGAUGCGAGGGUCUCAUCAAAAGCAAGAUUCAGCUGGAAGCCAAACUGAAGGAGACAACUGAGAGACUGGAAGAUGAAGAAGAGAUCAAUGCUGAGCUCACAGCCAAGAAAAGGAAGUUGGAGGAUGAAUGCUCUGAGCUCAAGAAGGAUAUUGAUGAUCUGGAGCUUACCUUGGCCAAAGUGGAGAAGGAGAAGCAUGCCACUGAGAACAAGGUGAAGAAUCUGACUGAAGAGAUGGCCUCUCAGGAUGAGAGCAUCGCCAAGCUGACUAAGGAGAAGAAAGCUCUCCAGGAGGCUCAUCAGCAGACCCUGGAUGAUCUGCAGGCUGAGGAGGACAAAGUUAACACUCUUACAAAGUCCAAGACCAAGCUUGAGCAGCAAGUUGAUGAUCUUGAAGGGUCUUUGGAGCAGGAGAAGAAGUUGCGCAUGGACCUGGAGAGAGCCAAGAGAAAGCUGGAGGGUGACCUGAAACUGGCCCAGGAAUCCAUCAUGGAUCUUGAGAACGACAAGCAGCAGUCUGAGGAGAAACUGAAGAAGAAAGACUUUGAGAUCAGCCAGCUUCUCAGCAAGAUUGAGGAUGAGCAGUCUCUGGGAGCUCAGCUUCAGAAGAAGAUUAAGGAACUUCAGGCCCGUAUUGAGGAGUUGGAGGAAGAGAUUGAGGCUGAGCGUGCUGCCCGUGCCAAGGUUGAGAAGCAGAGAGCAGAUCUGUCCAGGGAGCUUGAGGAGAUCAGUGAGAGGCUGGAGGAGGCUGGCGGUGCCACUGCUGCUCAGAUUGAGCUGAACAAGAAGCGUGAGGCUGAGUUCCAGAAGCUCCGUCGUGACCUUGAGGAGUCCACUCUGCAGCAUGAAGCAACUGCCGCUGCUCUGCGCAAGAAGCAGGCUGACAGUGUUGCUGAGCUGGGAGAGCAGAUUGAUAACCUCCAGCGUGUCAAGCAAAAGCUUGAGAAGGAAAAGAGUGAAUACAAGAUGGAGAUUGAUGACCUCUCCAGCAACAUGGAGGCUGUGGCUAAAGCUAAGGGAAAUCUGGAAAAAAUGUGCCGUACUCUUGAGGACCAACUUAGUGAACUGAAGACCAAGAAUGAUGAAAACAUUCGUCAAAUCAAUGACCUGGGUGCCCAGAAAGCUCGCCUCCUCACAGAGAAUGGUGAGUUUGGCCGCCAAAUUGAGGAGAAGGAAGCCCUGGUCUCUCAGCUGACCAGAGGCAAACAGGCCUUCACACAGCAGAUUGAGGAGCUCAAGAGGCAAAUUGAAGAGGAGGUUAAGGCCAAGAACGCCCUUGCCCAUGGACUCCAGUCAGCCCGUCAUGACUGCGAUCUGCUCAGGGAACAGUUUGAAGAGGAGCAGGAGGCCAAGGCUGAACUUCAGCGUGGCAUGUCUAAGGCUAACAGCGAGGUGGCUCAGUGGAGAACCAAGUAUGAAACUGAUGCCAUCCAGCGAACUGAGGAGCUUGAGGAAGCCAAGAAAAAGCUUGCUCAGCGCCUCCAGGAGGCUGAGGAACAGAUUGAAGCUGUCAACUCCAAGUGUGCUUCUCUGGAGAAGACCAAACAGAGGCUGCAGAGUGAGGUGGAGGAUCUGAUGAUUGAUGUGGAGAGGGCUAAUGGUCUGGCUGCCAACCUUGACAAGAAGCAGAGGAACUUUGACAAGGUCUUGGCUGAAUGGAAGCAGAAAUUCGAGGAGGGUCAGGCAGAGCUUGAGGGAGCUCAGAAGGAGGCCCGCUCACUGGGAACUGAGCUUUUCAAGAUGAAGAACUCCUAUGAAGAAGCUCUUGACCAGCUGGAGACCAUGAAGCGUGAAAACAAGAACUUGCAGCAGGAGAUCUCUGACUUGACUGAGCAGAUUGGUGAGACUGGCAAGAGCAUCCAUGAAUUGGAGAAGGCCAAGAAGCAAGUUGAGACAGAGAAGGCAGAAAUCCAGACUGCCCUUGAGGAAGCUGAGGGAACUCUUGAACAUGAAGAGUCUAAGAUCCUCCGUGUCCAGCUGGAGCUUAACCAGGUGAAGGGUGAGAUUGACAGGAAGCUGGCAGAGAAAGAUGAGGAAAUUGAGCAGAUUAAGAGGAACAGCCAGAGGGUCACUGAUUCCAUGCAAGGCACUCUGGACUCUGAGGUCAGAAGCAGAAAUGAUGCCCUCAGAAUCAAGAAGAAGAUGGAGGGAGACUUGAAUGAGAUGGAGAUUCAGCUGAGCCAUGCUAAUCGCCAGGCAUCUGAGUCCCAGAAACAGCUGAGAAAUGUGCAGGCACAGCUCAAGGAUGCCCAACUGCACCUUGAUGAUGCAGUCAGAGCUCAGGAAGACCUCAAAGAACAGGCUGCUAUGGUUGAGCGCAGAAAUGGCCUGAUGGUGGCUGAAAUUGAAGAACUCAGGGCUGCUCUGGAACAGACAGAGAGAGGUCGCAAAAUCGCUGAGCAGGAGCUGGUUGAUGCCAGCGAGCGCGUGGGACUUCUGCACUCUCAGAACACUAGCCUGCUGAACACCAAGAAGAAACUUGAGUCUGAUCUGGUUCAGAUCCAGAGUGAAGUUGAUGACACUGUUCAGGAAGCAAGAAAUGCUGAGGAGAAGGCCAAGAAGGCCAUCACUGAUGCUGCCAUGAUGGCUGAGGAGCUGAAGAAGGAGCAGGACACCAGUGCUCAUCUGGAGAGGAUGAAGAAGAAUCUGGAAGUUGCUGUCAAGGACCUGCAGCACCGUCUGGAUGAGGCUGAGAAUCUUGCCAUGAAGGGUGGCAAGAAGCAGCUCCAGAAACUGGAGUCCAGGGUGCGUGAGCUUGAGACAGAGGUUGAAAAUGAACAGAGACGUGGAGCAGAUGCUGUUAAGGGUGUCCGCAAAUAUGAGAGGAGAGUCAAGGAGCUCACCUACCAGACUGAAGAGGACAAGAAGAACAUCACCAGGCUCCAGGAUCUGGUUGAUAAGCUGCAGCUCAAGGUGAAGGCCUACAAGAGGCAGGCUGAGGAAGCGGAGGAGCAGGCCAAUGUGCAUCUGUCCAAGUGCAGAAAGGUUCAGCAUGAGCUGGAGGAGGCUGAGGAGCGUGCCGACAUUGCAGAGUCCCAGGUUAACAAGCUGAGAGCCAAGAGCCGUGACUCUGGCAAGGGAAAAGAAGCAGCUGAGUAAUGCUUUGCAUUUACUGAUAUGACAAUUGUUGCAAUAAACCUUUAAAAUCAGCUC